UCUGUCCCCUCGUGCAGACGUGCAGCUUAUGGCACCCCACCCCAGCCUUAUCUCCUCUGCAGUACACGUCUCCUUCAUCCCUAUCAUGUUCAUCUCCAAGCCGCACAGCUGCGGGCGACCUACUGCUCGCUCAAUUCGCUGGCAUGCCACUCUGGCCGCGGCGCCGCGUGUCCUCAUCGCAGCGCCCCUUCUCCAGGUCCGACCGGCGCCUCCCCUCGUCCCUCCCAUGGGCCAUGGCACGCUCGCCCAGCCAUCUCCCAUGGCCAGCAACCUCGCUUCCACACAGUGCCCCCCUACUCGUGCCUGGACUUUGCUCGCCCAGGUCUUCCUCCCCAUCACGCGCAGCACCCAAUCAGUCGCCGCUCUGCCUCUUCAUCCUGACGUGGCCACGGCGAGCAUCUGCCCCGCCGUCCGCGGCUGCUGGACGCCGCCCACUGUAGCUCGCCGGCGUCGUGCUUCCUCACCAUGACUGCGUCCCUGCCGCAGUGCCGGCAAGCUCGCCUCUGUGCUCAGGUUCUCCUCCAGCCGCUCCCCCCUCCAUGGACGCUACUCUUUCCUCUCCGUGAAACUCUGUCGUGCUCAGUGUUGUCCAAGUCGAGUUAUUUGGAGCCGAGGUAUCCCGAACGGCGGGCUUCGGAAGUUUGGUACCCCCAACCUUGCAAUUGGAAUCUUAGUAUUAUAAUAGGCUUCCGUUUGGAAAUUUGUCAUCGUGGGCGCUUUAAUCCGUCGCCAGCUGCUGUUACGUUGAAGAUUUGGAUUUCCCGUUCGUCAAAACGGAUCGGCCUUCCAACCUCCUUCAGAACGGAUCGCGAGCUGAGUUCGCUCCUUUCUUCCUCUCGCUCUCUGUCCGGCUCCCCGACGGCUCCUCCCCGACUGCUCCCAGCACCCCGGCGCUCGUCGAGCUCGCCAGUUUGCGGUGCUCCUCGUCGAGCUCCAGACUGAUUCCGGCGCUCCCCUCGCCGGACUGAUUCCUCUCCGUCUCUCCGUCUCCGUCUCUUUCUUCGUCCCAAUGGAAACUCCGACAGUCCCCUCGCCGGACGGACUCUCGCCGGACCUCGCAGUCCAAUCAGCCGGCGAGUUAGCCUCGUCGUUGCCUCCAGGCGAUGUCGUAGGCAGCGACACAGGGUUGAGCCUCAAUCCGUCGCCGUUCGUCGAUGCUGCUUUGACGAUCGCCGACGUUGACAACUUUUGGUUGGAGGCACCACCAGAUUGUCGUGAAGAUCAUGUUGAAACGGGCACUGUCAAUUUUCAGUUAACAGUGUUUGACCCAUCGCAAGUAUUUGAUUUUGAGGGUAUUGGACCUGAUCUUCGAUGGGAUGAAGAAGGGCCUCAACAUGUACCCAGUGAGUUAGCUAUGUAUUCGAAACUUGGAUUGGCGGCUGAAGAUGAACGAGAAAACAAAGAGAGAGAGGAGGCUUCUAAUCAUUGUGGUCAUUCAAAUAAUCCAAAUGAGUUUGGAGUUGAUUCUUCAUCCUCCAUGCCCUGUGUUGAUUUUUUGCCAAACGAGAGUAGAGUUUUGUAUGAUUCUAACCAUCCAGUCAUGGCGGUUGGCUGCAUGUAUCCAUCUAUGGCUGAAUUCAGACUUGCUAUGAGACAGUAUGCCAUAGAAAAAGAGUUUGAGUUAGGCAUUGAGGCUAGUACCCCGAAGAAAUACAGAGGAUUUUGUCGAGGUGGUGAUUGUCCUUGGAGCAUACAUGCAAGAAUUGAGAGGGCUGGGUCACCUACCAUAAUUGUGACUGUGAUGAAUGAUCAUCACACUUGCACUUCUAGUGGCCGGAGGAGGACAAGCACACCGACCAGUGCUUGGGUUGCUGCUAAAGCUUUACCUAUCCUUGCGAAGAAACCACACACAGGUGCAAAGGAUUUACAGACUUUCCUUCAAGAUACGUACAAGUGCACCAUUUCUUAUGAUACAGUUUGGUAUGGAAAAGAGAAAGCCUUGAAGGAGUUGUUUGGGACUUGGGAAGAGAGUUUCCAACUUCUAUUCUCUUGGAAGGAGGCUGUACUGCAGAGGUCACCUGACAGUGUCAUUGAAAUUGAUGUACUUGUUGAGGAUGGCAGAGUUUAUUUUAGUAGGUUCUUCUGUGCACUUGGCCCUUGUAUUAGUGGUUUCUUACAUGGAUGCAGACCAUACUUGAGUGUUGAUUCGACAGCUUUGAAUGGUAGAUGGAAUGGUCACCUACCAUCUGCAACAGCCGUCGACGGCCACAACUGGAUGUUCCCUGUUGCAUAUGGAUUCUUUGAGUCCGAAACAGAGGACAACUGGCAUUGGUUCCUUCUACAGUUACGCAAGGCCAUCGGGGAUUUACCUAACCUAGCAUUGUGUUCUGAUGCUUGCAAAGGGCUAACAAAUGCAAUGAAGGAUGUUUUUCCAGAAGCUGAGAAAAGAGAGUGUUUCCGGCACCUAAUGAACAAUUAUGUCAAGCAAUAUGCUGGAUCAGAAUACAUGUACCCUGCUGCAAGGGCGUACAAGGCAGAAGUAUAUGACAUGUACAUUGCAAAUGUCAGAAGCAAUCCUGAUAUUGCUGCUUGGUUAGAUAGGUUCCAUUCCUUGUUGUGGUACCGAAGUGCAUUCAACCCUACUAUCAAAUGCGACUAUGUAACAAAUAACAUUGCUGAGGUGUUCAAUAACUGGAUAAAGGACUACAAGGACCUCCCUGUUUGUGACCUGGCUGACAAAAUUAGGAUAAUGAUCAUGCAACUAUUCUACAAGAGGAGGCGGAUAGGAAGGAGGUUGGAGGGAAAGAUUUUACCUUCUAUCAUAGCACAACUAAAUGCAAGAACUAGAGGACUUGGACACUUGGAGGUCAUAAAAGGCGAUGACUAUGUUGCAGAGGUGAGAGACAAUGGUGAUUGUUUUUCUAGAUAUGUGGUGAAGGCUCAUCUUAGAGAAUGUUCAUGUAAGGAAUGGCAACAUACAGGGAAGCCCUGCCACCAUGCAUUAUGUCUAAUUACCGCACAGCAAUAUAGAAAUGUAAUGAUGGAGGAGUUUGUCGACGAUUACUACUCAGUUGACAUGUUUAGGAAAGCUUAUGAGAGAUUGGUGGAGCCAAUUGAAAGCAAAUUAUUUUGGCCAAAGGUGGAUUUUGCAAAGGAGGUUGGUGCUCCACUAGGCAAGAGAGGCGUGGGACGUCAAAGGAAAAAUAGGUUCAAGAGUUGUCUAGAAGGUGGGAGUAGUAAGAAAAAGCCUGCCAACGAAAGUGAGAAAGCUAAGAAGAUUAUUCGAGGCAAAUUCAAGUGCCCUAAUUGUGGGGAGUUAGGGCAUAGGAAGGCUAGCUACAAAUGCCCCCUAAAUGGAACGAAGAAAAGGAAAAGGAAACCAAGAAAGAACUCAACAAAGAAAUGGUUUCCUAAGGAGCCAGCUGAAGCUUCUUCAUCACAGCCAGAACUAGGGGAUUCUGGUCAACACCAACUUGUCUCCACUGAUGUUCCAAAAGAAAUAGUUGGUACUACCCCACAGAGGAGAGUGAGGUGUGCUGUCAAAAAGAAGAUUACUCCCAAGAAGAAGAUCUGCUUCUGAGUAGCUGCUUAAGUAUGGAAGUUGUGUCUAUAUUUUAAGUAUGAAUUAUGGCAGUUGUGUUUGUAUUUUAAGUAUGAAUUAUGGGUAUUGUUUCUGGCAGCUGUCAACAAUUUCUGUUUGUGCCUGAGAUGAAAAUGUAGUACUGGGUGUGUUUAGAAAUGUGACAGGCAACAGCCCAGUAGUGAUUGAAGUAGUGAACUAUUUCUGUUUGUGCCCAGUGGUCAACAAUUUCUGUUUGUGAAUGACAUGAAAAUGUAGUCAACAUUUUCUGUUUGUGCCCAGCUGUCAACAAUUUC